AUGGCGGGAAAGGCAGCCACUCUCUCGGCUGAAAGAUCCGCGUUCGCUUGGAUUCCGGCAUCACCGAAUGACAAGCGCCCUGCCCAUGGCAACGCGGCGCGCGAGGUCAAAGGGCACAAAUUGUCCCGUCGGUGGUCGCCGUGCCAAGAGUAUUUUGGGUGGAAACCCACUGGCAACAGGGCGACCUUCCCGACGAGGAUGUGGUGGGCGUACGUGUCGAGACAGGUGGGCCAGUCUGAUUUCAGCACAGAGAUGGACGCCCUUGGCAUCUUUGACUGGGACACCACAGACCCCGAGGCGCGCGUGGCAGAUCGAAUCGUCGACGUCGAGUUCGAUCAGAGGGCGUACCGAGAGCUUUCGGAGGUACAGAUUCGCAACAUGUGGCACGAGCCGCCCGAGUUCACCGUCUACGACCCGGACCUCUUCAACGUCAACGAAGUGGAUGUCAGAACAGAUGAACGCGCCAUGCGCGCUCAUCUCACGGAAGUGGGCCAGUUCCGCCCAAUUUUGGUGCGCGAGCUCAACAUCCUGAAGGCGCGCCGCGAGAUGCUGGAGCUGGCGCACAGGGACAUCUAUAGAAACCGAUCAGAUCUACCACAAGUCUCCACUGAAGCGCACAGGAUCGAGGCGUGCAUGCAGUACUUGCUACAGUCGCACGCCACAGCGAUCAGACGUGGCCAGCGAGCCACGCUGGACACAUUCCAGCACGCAGCAGUCGAGCUGUGGCCGCUGCACGUGUACGAGGACCGGGCAAAGACAACCGUGGCAAGGGCGGUUAUGACAGCUGGGCAGAUCGCCGUUGCGACGACCGCGAUCAAUGGCGCCGCGGCGGCAGAUGGCACUGGUAAGCCCCAGACGUCCAUGCGCCCAUGGCGCUCUGGUGGCUACGCGGGCGCAGACGCAUGCACCCUCGGCCCGUGGCCGCAUGGCGCGCAUCACGUGGCAGGCGGGGCUGCUGGCGGCUGUGAGAGCCUCGCGCCCGCAUUAUUUGACACCCUCGGCCCAUGGCCGCAUGGUGCGCUCCACGUGGCAGGCGGGGCUGCUGGCGGCUAUGAGAGCCUCGCGCCCGCGCCCGCCCGAAUUCGCGCGCUGCAGCCGCUCCCGGCGGCAGCCCUGGUCGCCGCCGCGGGCGCCGCGCUGGUGGCCGAGCCGGGAGCUGACCACCUCGGAGGCGUGGCAGGGCCGCGGCCGCGGGCCGAGGCGGGGCCGCCCCUCUCGGCGCGGCGCGGCGCGCGCCGCCGCGGCGGCCGCGCGCAGCCGCCGCCCGUCGUCGUCGUCGCCGCCGUCGCCGGGCUUGCUGCUGCCGCGCCGGCGCGGGGCGCCGUCGGCCUCGUCGUGCCCGCGGGGCCCCCGGCCGCCGUGGGGGGCCGCGCGCGUCGUCGGCCGCCGCCGCGCCGCGGCGUGGCCGUUGCGGUGCGUGCCGCCCCGUCGGCUCGCGCCGCGCUGGGCGAGGGCGGCGGUCUGGGAGGUCUCGUGCUUGCCGCCUUGGAGGUUGGAGUCGGCGGAGGGUGCGAGGUGGGCCCGUCACCGGUGCUGGCCCGCAGGCAGCUGGCGCCUCGAACCAGCACAGAGGCGGAGGUCGCGCCCAGCGAGGGCGGCGCCUCGCGGGGGGCGUCGCGGCUCGCCGGCGAGGAUUGCUGGGCUGCGAAGCGGAAGCUCCGCCAGAUCGACGACGGGAACGGGAACCAGUACCUCAGCUACGAGGAGGUCCAACAGAUCGUCAACCUGGACGAUACGAGCCUUCUCUUCGUGUGGGACAUCUUCAACCAGCAGGACGAGUUCGUGGAGACCCGUGAGUUGCUGACCGCCCUCUGUGUCUUCAGCGCCGCCUCCCUGAGCGACAAGGGCCGUUUCCUCGCGUCGCUCUUCGACAGCCUCCAGUGCGGGCUGAACACGGGCGCGGAGCUGGCGCAGCUCUGCGCCGGGGUCCUGGGCGUGCUGGCCCGGUGCACCAACACGGCGUCCAAGCCGAAGGAUGUUGCGCUGAUGGUGCGCGAGGAUUUGCCAACUUGGGUGCCCGUUCUUCAAGACGAGGCAGUGUCCUUCGAGGCUGACCGUGUGAUCGGCAGCGACGAGCUAGACGAAGCUAUCGGAUCUCUCCGGUCCGCCUAUGGGAAGACGCCGUUGUACAACAAGUAUUCCGUAACGUCGCAGGAGAUUGGGCAAGGCGCGGCAGGCGGCCCCACCGACGACGCGUUUCGCAUGGGCAGCCGCAGGGCGUCCGUGAUGUCGGCCGCGCCGCCGUCGGCCCCCGUCCGCGUGGAGCAGAGGGCCGCCCCGGGAAUGGCUGGGCCCCCGCCGGACCAGCUGGCGCACAUUUCCUGGAUGAAGAAGCUCGAGAGUGCGGAUACGGCCAACGGCAGGAGCAACAAGGUGACCGCUGAUGCGCUCAAUGGGAUCAGAGCGGAGGCCGCCAUCGCGACGCAAGACGCCGCACACAUUUGGAUGAUCAUGCCUGACGAGGACUUCGCGAGCAUCGCAAAGGAGCUCGCCGCCUUCCGUCAAAUGUUUGUCAAGUCCGUGUCGGUGGCCCUGGGCCUGCCUUCGGAGUGCGUCGAGGUGGUCAACGUCACGCAGGGCAGCGUGGUGGUCGACGUGAUCCUGCGGCCCGCCGGGAGCCUGCACGACACGAGGACGGCGUGGGACCUGGUCCACGCGCUGGAACAGCAGAUCGCGAAUCCGCACAGUGCCCUCAGGAAGGGCCCGCUGGCGCACCGAGUGAGGGGCGCGGAGAUCCUGACGGGCGAGCCCACGCGCGUCGUCGCAGGAGGAGGCGGUGGCGACACUGCGGACCAGGGCUGCCAGACCGACCCCGCGGAGCUGGCCACGCCUCGCGUGCCAGCGGAGCCCGACGACGCGGGCGAGGCGGCGGGCGCAGCAGAUGCCAGAGAAGCUGCCGCGUACCUGAAGGAGGCCCUGCGGGAGCUCCAGGCCGUGAGGCAGCGCACGGCCAGGGCGGAGGCGGCGACCGCGGCCGUGCUCGCCGAGGUGAGCCAGCGCGACGCCCUCAUCGAGGAGCUCCGAGCGCAGGUGGCGGCCUCCUGA